UAUGGCAACAUUGUGUGCAAUAGAACUCUACAAAAAGCAAAGCAACCUAGCCUGCGAAAACAAACGCAAAGCAACAAUACAAACACAGGCGAAAUCAAAUUAUAAGACACAGACGUAAUAUAUGCGUGAAAAACUAGCUGGCAACAAUAAUAGUUGCGUGUGUUAAGCCAAAUGUCAAGAAAAACUAGUAAAAAGCGACGUAUCAAAUAAAAAUUUAGUGUUAAGUGCUAUUCGACUAUGACUUCGGUUAUAUAUGUGGAUUUGAGCUCGGAUUCGGAGGAGGAGGUAAAAGCGCCAGUGACAGCGCCAACGUUCAGCUGGUGUAGAAAAGGCCCACCGGAUGUCAAGCGAGCGCGUCGAGACCAGGCCAGGAUGUCCACGCCGAAAGCCCUGCCCACAAAACUGUUGCACAUACCAAAAGCAUCUCUUGCAACGCCUGCCACGGGCAUCAAAACAACGCCAACUGCAACAACAACAGCGUCAGGAACCGGAACAAUAGUAGGAACCUACAGGUCCAUGCAUAUACCCAGCGGCAUAACGGUUACCAAGCACAACAACAGCAAUGGCAAUUUCAACAUGUCCGCUUCAAAAAUCUCGCUGGAGAACAACAAUAAUAGCAAUAGCAACAACAACAAUAAUAAUAGCAAUAGCAACAACAACAACAACAAUAGCAACAAUAAUAAUAACAAUAACAAUAACAACACUGUGAAUUACAAGCCAUUUAAAUUGUCGGGCGGCAACUGGUCCAAGGCAAUAGCUGGCACUGGCACCACAAUGGCAACAAUUACCAGUGUACCCAUCCCCCAGAUGCUGACAUCCAAAGCGGCACAGAAAACCGGCACACAACAGCACAAGGCGUCAAUGAAGCAGAAGGCGGCGACGUUGGUCCAGCAAAAAACUGCGCCACUGCAGCAGCAGCAGAAGCCGUCGACGCCGACGUCCUUGCAGCAGCAGCAGCCGAAGCCAGCACUGGCGAUGUCAAUGUUGCAGCUGCAACAGCAGCAAAAGCCGUCGAUGGCAACGUCCGUGCUGCAGCUGCAACAGCAAAAAACGCCGACGACGACGCCCAUGCAAAUGCAGCAGCAGCAGAAGCCGUCCACAUCGCUGUCCACAUUGCAAAAGGCGAAAGCGUCGACACCGCCCUUGACACCACAGAAGCCAAUGUUGCAGCAACAGAGGCCCUUAAAGCCACCUUUGCAGCAGCAGCCGAAGGCUCUGGCCGGCACACAGCUGUCGUUGACAAAAAAGCUGCCAGUCAAACAGAAGCCGCAAGCGGCACAGCGUUUGCCCACACUGCAAAAGAUGCCGGUGACCAUGACGCUGACGUCGCCCGCGCUGCUGCAGCCGAAGUCCGGGCAAUUGGCAUCGCCGGCACAGAAGCUGCCGCCGCCGGCGCACAGUGGCAACAGCAGCGUGAUGGUGCACAAACAGAAGCAGCAGCAGCAGUCGACAUCGACGUCAACGCUUGCACCGCCACCGCCGGCGCAUCAUUCAACAGCAGGGACGACGCCGCAGCUGGCGAAACUGACGCCAAUGCCUAUGCUGAGCAGACAGAAUGUGGCGCUGUCCAAUCCCGCUUACAACAACAGUGCGGCCCGCACGUUGCCCUACAAAAUGAAAACAACAACAACAACAACAACGGCAACAACAACAGGAUUGCGAAGCGUGCAGCCUAGCAUCAGCAGCAGCAGCAGCAUAACAUCCGCCACGCCCAUGACAGCUGGCGCCACGCCGCCCCUGCGUUUGCUAGCCACGCCUCCGCAUUGUGCUGCGGCGCUGAAUGAGCCGCUGUUGCUCAAUCUGCCGCCCACCACGAGCAUAACUCCACAGCUGACGCCAACAACGACGCCGCCGCCGGCAGCAGCGCCCGCUGCCGCAGCAACAGCUACAGCAAAAAUAACAUUUCCCGGCGCCAGCAUAUCGCCUGUACAGAAGCCCGCGGCCAAGCGCGUGCAGCCUAUAACGGUGCUCAAGAAGUCGGAUGACGAGUGGCGCAGGCAUCUUGCCCAGCAGCAGCUGCAGGAGCUGAAGCAAAAAGAUAGGCAGUCCGCCACGCCCACCAUAGUGCUCGUGGAAUCGCCACCAACAACGCCGCCCACAGAAAAAGUGGAAAACGAGCAGACCAAGCGUAAGACGCCGCCAGCUGCAGUUGAUCCACCUGUAGCACCAGCCGCAACAGCCGUGUCCGCGUCAAAAGCCUCUCCAGCUGCGGCAACGACGACACGUGCGCCCCUCGUGCCGGAGUAUACAGCCCUGCUGCAGCUGUGCCGCGAGCUGGACAAGUCGGAGGACAUGGAGCGUCUGAUUGAGAUUAAAUUGCUGAAAUAUUAUUACAGUGUGCAUGAGAAUUUUGUGCGUUCGCGCGGCUUUCGCAAGCAAUUGGAGCAGGCCAUGGAGCGUAUGCGCAAUGAGCCGGACAUGAUUUAUGUGCAUCUCAAGUGUGUCGUCGAUGAGCUGAAGGUGCGACGCAAGGCCAAGGUUGUGCAGCUGCCGAUGGACGAGGCGCCGCCGCCGACCGAAGAAAAGGCAGCAGCAGAAAAGGCGGCGCGAGUCCCAGCAGCAGCGCCAGCUGGAGCAACAACUGUAGCGGAGAUUAAGACAGCGGAGCCAGCUGCGGUGGCGACAACAAGCACGCCCAGCACGGGCAAUAAACGCAGCGAUGAGCGCAUACGAAAACUGAAUCGAACAUUGUACACAAUAACGAAACGUAUUAGCGCCUUGGAGGAGGCGGAUGUCGAUUGGAAUGACGACGAUGAUUCCAGUUAUCUGCAGGUGGAGCGCUACAAGAAGCGCGCCUGUCAGAUCUAUGAGAAAAUCUGUGAUCUAACCGGUGAAAGUAAAAGCGCCCAUCGCCAGAUGAAGCAGCCCAUAUUAUUUAAGGAUACGCCAUAUCCGCAAUUUAAUCGCACACUCUCCGCGUUUGUCAAUCGCAUGCAUGAAUUUCCCGAUUACCAUGAUGUGCUACAGCUGCUCGAGCACUGCAAUAAGGAGAAGAAUCUGGGCCUGGCUACAUUCGAAAUGAAGCGCAUAGCUCAUGAUGCCUUCGUCAAGGUGGGCCGCCUGCUGCAAGCGAGGCGCAAGACUGAUCUUUACGAGACCGUCACACAUUUUACGGCCAAUGCCAAGGAUCCGGCGGCCUCGGAUGCCGCUCUGCUGGCCAAGCUGAACGAGAACAACAAGAAGCAAACUAAAAUCAGUGAUAUACUGGAAAAAUUUGCGCGCGAGCAGGAUCUCACCACGGAGGAGCAGCGUGAGGCGCGGCUCAAGGAGAAACAGCUACAGGCAACUGCCGCAGCAGCAACUGAAGCAGCAGCGACAACGGCCCAUGAUACGGCCAUAGCUGCCGGCCAAGAUGAUGACAAGCCCUGCACCAGCGCGCAGGCGGCACAAGCAGCCCAGGCGCAGGCUCAAACAGCGCAAGUCGUGUUAACCAAUGGCCUACAAAAGCAUCGGGACAGCGAGCACGAGCACGAAAGCGACAGCGAUGAGGAGGAUGAGGAUGAUGAAACGGAUGAGGAUGUCGAUGCCUUUGUGGACAACUUUAAAGCAAAUGGCGAAAUAAGCGAUGCAGAGUCCGAAACGGAAGCGAAUGCAGCACCAAAGACAUCUGCCGCGGCGGCUGCUCAUGUGAUAGUUAAUAAUAUAACGAGAGUCAAGACUGCUGAGUCCAGCCCCAAGGUUGCAAAUAAUGAUAUCAAUGUUGAACGUGUUAAUGACAAUGCGGCUGCCAAGACGCUGCCCAAUGGCAAGCUAAAGGAUCCAUCUGUACCCCACACACUUAAGGUCAUGUCCGUUUCUAGUCUAAAUGCCACUCUAUACGCCAGCAGCAGCAGCAGCAACAACAACAAGAGCAACAUUAGCAGCCGAGAGCAGCCGCAACAGCAGCAGCAGCAGCAGCAAAAGAAACAACAAAUCUUAAUAGACACAGAAAUUAUCAUUUCGGAUGAGGAAUCAUAGAUGCUUUUUUUACAGUCACCAUUUUCCAUCACAUCAGCAAAAUGUUAGUUUAUGUUUUUAGUUAGAAUUUAUUUAUUUAUCUCAUAUAUAGCGCACAGUUUUGUUAUAUUUCCAUUUACAUUAGACGUUGUUUUGCAUUCAGUGAAUUGAAUAACAUCUGUAUUUUAUGUAUCAUA